AUGGCAGUGGUAACCACGUCCUCCUCGAUCCGUUGGCGCGCAAUCGUCAACCGCGACGCCACAGCCAAUGAUUUUGUCUAUGGCGUGCGCACCACCAAAAUCUACUGUCGGCCCCGCUGUCCAGCCCGUCUCGCCCGCCGCGCAAAUGUCGAGUUCUACGACACCCCUAAACAGGCUGAGAAGGCGGGCUACCGCCCCUGCAAGCGCUGUAAGCCGGAAGACCUCCGCGCCCCGCCAGAUCCGCAUAUCAAACUCGCCCAGCGCGCCUGCCAGACUAUGACCCUGGCGGCGCUGCGGGCUGCCAGCGGUACUAAGAGUGGCGAGGCGAGAGCCCGGCCGACGCUGCAGGAUCUGGCGAAUGAGGCUGGGUUGACCCCGUCGCAUUUUCAUCGCGUUUUUAAGAAGGUCGUGGGCAUUACGCCUGGGAGGUUUGGUAGGGACGUUAUGGAAGGGAAGAAGAUGAGUGCGUAUUUGAAGAGGUUGGAAGCGGGAAUUAGCGCCAACGGCGGAGGGUAUGCGGGAUACGGCGGUGGCGCGGGAGCUUGUGGCGCGGGCGCGGGAACGGGAGCGGAAAAGGCCGAUGCAAACGGAAACGGUAAGUCAUCGGCUGACUUUCCGAGUAAGGUUGGCGGGGAUGCUGGUGCCGCUGUGACGGGAUUGGGUUUGGAUGGAGUAGACGACGUACUCUCCGCCAUUGCUACUACGGAUCCGCAGAACUACACUGUUCUGCCUGAUGCCGUGCCUAUACGCAUUGAUUGGAAUGAAUUCGAUAGGAUGUUGGGUAGUACUGGUGGCGGCGAUGCGGGACGUAAUAGCAACAACGACCACAGUAACGGUCGUCGACAUCCACAUCAUCUUCCACAUAAUCACAACAGUGAUUUUCCCACAGGGAAGCAGCAACAAUUGCAGACGCAAUCAGAGACACAGAGACAACCCCCCAUCACAACAACAGCACCGCUCCACCCACACAUCCUCGACCCAAAUUCCAUAAACUCAGCAGGGCUCCUUCUCGACCACUACGAAUUCCCCUGGGAGACCCCCGAUUGCACCUUCAACUUCUCCUCCCCGCCCCUUCGCCAUACCUCUACGAGCGGUGAUGCAGACAGCAACGGCUCUCUCUCCCCCUACAUCUAUGACCCGCUCAUAGACACAAACUCGGAGUUCUACAGUAAAUUCAUUGACCACAACAGCACCACAAACAGAAACUGCAACAUAAACUACAACAACUGCAAUAACACGGACAACGGCCUCAAACAACAGCAGCAGCAACCACCACUCCACCUCCUAGACCUUUCCGAGGACUCUUCCUCACUAACAACAGUAGACACACCACCAUUCCUCGUCGAGUCGCUACACGCGACGGGCUUCUCAUCUGGAGAGUCCUCAGCGUCCUCGACUCAUGCGUCGCCGUUACUGUUUGAGGAUGUGGAUUGGUAUGGGAGUCCGAGUAUAUUUCAGACGUAUGCUUAA